AUGCGGGACGCGGGGAUGGCGGCGCUCGGGGGCCGCGCGGGGCGACGUCCCGGCCGUGUCCCCGCCGAGAACGGCGCUCGUUGGGAGCGGAUGCUCGGAGGGAGCACGAACGGUGGUGCCCUUCCCCGAGGGCUGCGCUCGGGCGAGGAAGGCGGGGAGAGCCCUCCGAGCGGCGCUCGGGAUGCCGGCCGCACACACGGCGCCGGAGCUCCGCGCAGCCCUCCCGGCAGGAAGCGCCGCUCCGGUCCCGCCGCCGCCGCGCACCUCGGGCACGGCCCCUCCCGCCCGGAGCCGCGGGGCCGCAGCGGGGGCAGCGCCGAGCCCCGGACGUGGGGCGCUGUCCCCGGGGAGGGCCCUUCCGCCACCGAGCGGGGCCGACACCGGGACUUUCCUCCGCGGCGGGCGCGGGCCACGCCGCCAAACUCCGCGCGGAGCGGCCGCCGUCCCACCGCCACCGACCGCACCGCACCGCGAGCGCCGCGCCCCGCCCCGCUCGGCCCCGGGACCCCCCGGCAGCGGCAGGUGCCGCCGGUGCCGGUGUCGGUGUCGGUGCCGGAGCCUCCGCGCGGGGUCGGGCAGCGGCACGCGGCGCCGUCGCGGGGCACACGGAACGGAGCGGCACCGGCACCGCCGCUGUCACCGCGCGCCGCCCCCGCCCGCCGUCCGAGCGGGACGCCGCCUCCCCCCCGCACCGCCCCCCCCCAGGCCGGUACCCCCCCCCACCGCCCGCCGUCCCGGGACCGGUUUUCCAUGGAGACCCCCGUCCGAGGGCCGCUCGGGGCCGUCCGCUCGCCGCCGUCCGCCCGGCCCCGGCGGUGGGUGCGGAGCGACCGGGCCCGGGGUUACCCGCGGACGGCGGAGCGGGGAGCGCGGCGGGGCGAGGCGGGCCCCUGCCCGGAGCGGGCGGCGGAUCGGACCGCGGCGCGGCGAGCGGCGGUUCGGCGGCGGCGGAGACACUGGCAGCGGCAGCCGGAGUGUGAGGGCGAGAGCGAGCCGCCGCCGCCGCGGGGGAUGACGGGAGCCGUAGUCCGCCCGCCGCGCCCCGCCGCCCGCCGCGCCGCCCCGCGGACUGCAGCUCCCGGCGUGCCCCGCGCCCGCCCUGCCCGCGAUGGGGGGGGGGGCGCUGUGCGGAGCCGGCCGAGUCCGGAGAGAGGGAACGGGCGGCGGGAGGGAGCGAGCCGGGAGGAGGGGGAACGAGCACGGCACGGCACGAGGGGGGAGGAGGGAGCGGGAGGAGGGACGGAGAUCGGGGGGGGCUGA